UUUCUUUUUUUGCAGAUACCAACUCAAUGUUGAUCGGGAUAAUGCUAGUAUGGUUUUGAUUAACCGACUAUUUUUAGGAUUGGUCCUCUUAAUUUCUUCAACAUGGUCGUUAACAAAUUCAACAACAAAUAUAAAUACAACAAUAACGACUUCAACAAUAAAUCGUACAAGAACAACUUCAAAACCCGAAAUACACGAUUACAAUCUCUAUUCGGGGACGACAUCGACAGAAAUUCCAAACGAAAAGUUUAAAAACGAUGAUUCUCGAUCUAUUGACAUGAAAGGUGGGAGAUCUUUAGAUAUUUUGGCGGAUUUUCAAAUCGAAAAUAACGUUUUUUCCGAUGAUUACGCAAAAGAGCAAGCGAGCAGAACACGAGAUUACGAAAGAAAUUUUACUUACGAUUUAACAACACCAGAAAGCGAUUCGCGAUUUAAGCAGAUUCAAGAAGACGUUUUAAAAGAGAUCGAUGAAAAAAGCAAGAUUAUCGCGGGAGAAAUGGAAGAGGAUAGAAGAAUUUAUUACCUAAACCACGGAAGAGAAGCACCUAAAAAUCCGUUUUUAGACGACGUUGAAGGAAAAGAUCAAUUUCGAAUGGAAGAGAUGAAAAACGUUGAUGUAAACGAGUUUAACGAUAAAAAUAACAACAAAACUCGGUGGGAGCACAGCGUUGAGAGCUUAAAAAAGAGCGAAAGUAUUCAAAUUUAUAAUCAAACUAAAAUUGUUGAUGAUAAUAAAACGAAUAUACAAAAUGAAGUUAAAGAUAUUGAUGCAAAAACGGUUAAAAGUGGCGAUUUAGACCAAGAUUUGAGUGCUAAUCAACAAGUUUUUAAUUCGGUUAAUUUGAAUAAUGAUAUUCUUAUUAAUAAACGAAUUGUUGAUGAAGAUUUAACAUCACCAAUUAAAAGUACUCAAUUUUUUGAUCAAGAUGAAGAAACGACGAGAAGUAAUGAUGAGGUAUCAACUAUUAUUGGUGAUGAUUCGACGAAAAUUGUGGAAUCAAAGAAAAUUGAUGAUGAUUCAACAAAAAUUGAUGAUGGCACUGCAACAGCAAAUGAUUCUACGAUCAUCCAUGAUGAAUCAAAAAAAAUUGAUGAUUUAACGACAAUCGGUGAAGAUUCAACAACAGAAAUGAAUGAAAAAUCAACAACUGAGACUAUAAAUCAAGAAGAAACAACAAAUGAUGUAUUAAAAAUUGAUGAAACAACUUUGAACGAUCAAGAAACGAUUCCCCAAGAAACAACAACCCAAGAAAUUAAUAAAUUAACUCAAGAAGAAUCAACUCAAAACGAUUUAAUCGAAACAACAACAUUCGGUAGUUUUGAUGAAACGAAUACGAACAUUGUUGAUCUUUACAUAGACAUAUUAACGAAUUCAACCGAAAUUCCCCCAGGCACCACCACCACCACCAUAACAACAACGAUUAAAUACGACGACGACGAUUACGAAGAAAACAACGCAACCACAUUCUACGAGGUAACAACGGAUAAAUUAAAUUUAAUCGAAAAAGAUUUUUCGAAAAUCGAAUUUUUCGACGCGACCGAAAAACCGAAACGGAACGAAAUUAAAAAGAACGAGACAAAUUCAAAUGUUGCCAAUGAAAUUUUAAAGAUAACAACUCAAUCGUCUAAUUUAAAUGUAACUUUAACUUCGACUGAAAGUAACGAGGUUAAAACGAAUUCGAUUUCGACCGAAAAGAAUUUGUCGCGAUUUAAUUUUGAUAUAAUCAAGCAAAAUGAGAUAAAAUCGACGCCGGUUGAAGAUUAUGAGGAUCCGGAUGAUGAUGAAAAUAAUAAUGAACAUGAGGAGGAUGGUGAUAAACCGGCGGUGAUUCCCCUUGAUGCGAAAAUAACGGUAAAGCCGACGAAAAGUGUGUUAAAGACGACGACUAUUUCGCGGGAGGUUGAUGAAAAUAAUAAUGUUGAGAGUAAACCGAGGUUUGUUAAUGUUACGACUGAGAUGGAACCGAUUGAGGUUGAGGUUACUACAACUCCGGCUGGGUUAGUUGGUGGUGAAGAGGAGGAUGAUGAAGGAAAUGGGGGGAAAAUUGCUGCUAUUGUUAUUUCGACGGUUGGGGCGGUUUGUUUGUUGCUUUUGGUUGGAUUGUUGGUUGUUAUGAGAAAAAGACAAAAACGAUUUAAUUACGGCCAAAGAUGUCGUCCAGUAAGUUUAGACGCCUACAGCAUGGACAACGUCUCCAUUCAUAAUAGUACUAGAAGAAAAGGUGUUCUGAUGACUUCAAAACGUGCUUAUGGAAAUGCUGCAUUUGAUGAUCCGAAUUCACCAUCACAUCCAUUAAACUUCUCCGAAUUAGUAAAAUUUGCUAGCAAUACCGAAGAAAUUCACGCGGAAUUUGAAACGAUCCCUCAAGUUCAAGCAAAAACCAGCGAAUUACCCGAAGGAUGCGAAGUAAAAAAUAGAUACGCCAACGUUAUUCCCUUACCGGAAACGCGAGUUUUUUUGAAAACUCUCGAAAGCGAUCCAACUUCCGAUUAUAUUAACGCAAAUUAUGUCACUGGUGCUAAAAGUGAACGGAGAUAUUACAUAGCUUGUCAAGCUCCUUUACAAUCAACAAUCGCCGAUUUUUGGAGAAUGAUUUGGGAACAAGAAUCUAAAGUUAUUUUGAUGUUAACUCAUUUAUAUGAGCAAGGAGCUGAGAAAUGUUCAGAUUAUUUACCACCUUCAGAAGUUUUAGAUUGCAAUCGACUUUUCGGGGAUUUCCAAGUAACAUUAAAAAAACGCGAAGUUCGCGAUAAAUAUAUCAUAUCCAGUUUACAAUUAAAGAAUAUGGUUUCAAAUAGUUGGAGGGAAGUAACUCAUAUUUGGUACAUCGAAUGGCCCCAUAAAGGAGUUCCAGACGAAGCAAACUCUCUAAUUCGAUUUUUAAUUGAAGCUCGAAGUUAUAUGAAAGCCAAUGAAAUUAAAGCAAGAGAAGCAAAUACAAGUUUUAUACAAGGAACAAUUCCAAGAAAUCCCCCGGUUAUUGUUCAUUGUAGCCCGGGAACUGGUCGAACGGGAACGGUGAUAUCAUGUGAUAUAGCGAUAAGAGAGUUUGAACAAUCCAGACAGGUGGAUAUUCCUAAAAUUGUGUAUAAAAUUCGAAGGGAUAGGGCGAGUUCCGUUCAGACCAAGGACCAAUACUCAUUCAUUUACAAAGUAAUAAAUUUAUACGCAACAAAAUUAACUGGGGGAGCUUUCGACUCGUUUUGAAGAGAUUGAGAUCAAGAAAAUAACUUGAUUUUAAUUAACAAGAUUUAUUGAAGAAGAGUUUAGGUAUUAAUAAAUAUUUUUGUAAAAAUGUGAUAUGAUUUUUUUUUUUUUAAUUAUUAUAUUGUUGUAUCCAAAAAGAAAAUUUAAAAUGGAGAAGAUAUAUAAUGUUAAUUUGUAAAUAAUUUAUGUAUUACUAAAUAACGUUAUAGUUUACUAUGUAAAUAUAAAAGUUAAUAGAUAAUACGUUGAGA